GAACUUCGUUACCAGCAAAUCUGGUGGAGAACUGGCCAUGUUUAGGCCCAGAAGUUUGGUUGAGGUGGUCUCGGGCCGCUGUGAACAGCUGAACGAUGUCGGAGCGGAAGGUCUUAAAUAAAUACUACCCACCGGAUUUUGAUCCAUCAAAAAUCCCAAAACUCAAACUUCCUAAGGAUCGACAGUAUGUGGUCCGGUUAAUGGCUCCUUUCAACAUGAGAUGUAAAACAUGUGGAGAGUAUAUUUAUAAAGGCAAGAAAUUCAAUGCACGUAAAGAAACCGUACAGAAUGAAGUGUAUCUGGGACUGCCUAUCUUCCGCUUCUACAUCAAGUGCACCAGGUGUCUGGCAGAAAUCACAUUUAAGACUGAUCCCGAGAAGACUGAUUAUGUGGUGGAACAUGGAGCGACACGGAACUUUCAAGCAGAAAAGCUGCUGGAGGAGCAGGAGAAACAAAUUCAGAAAGAACGGGAGGAGGAGGAACUGAACAACCCAAUGAAGGUUCUAGAAAACAGGACAAAAGACUCUAAGAUGGAAAUGGAGGUCUUGGAGAACCUGCAGGAGCUGAAGGAACUGAACCAGCGUCAGGCCAAUGUGAACUUCGAGGACAUGUUACAGGAGUAUCAGAAAUAUGAUGAAGAUCUAAAACGACAACAGGAUGAAGACGAUGAGCGAGAGAUGAGGUCUAUGCUAGAAACUGCCCAGGUAAAGAGAAUUCUGGAAGACUCUGACUCGGAUGAAGAGUUGCACACAUCUUGUAAGCAGAAGCCACAAGUGCCUAGCAAGCCCACGGAUAUCCUCAAUGAGAAUCCGGAUCAUCAAAGUAAGAAACUGAAGCAGGAGAGUUGGGAGAGGAGUGUGGGAAAGCUCACUGGAAAGCUUCAGUUCUCUCAGCUGGUCGUGAAGAAAGCACAAUGCCCAAAAGCAGAUUCAAAAAAUCUGCAGAAGGGAGUCAAUAAACGCAAUGGUUGCCCAACAAGCACUGGUGCUGCCGAGCAGAAUUCUGUGACAUUGCCAGCAACAGAAGCGCUAUCAGCUCAGUGUGUGCAUGCACAGCAGGCAUCAGCAGCCAGCAAUUCAUCCCUGAGCCUGCUGGGCACAUACUCAGACAGUGACAGUGAAGGAAGCCACAGCAAUUAGGAAACACAGUUGAUAUAAGCCAAGAGUGGAGAUGAACAAUUCUUCAUUUAUAGUUUUUCACUGAGGUACUGGAUUAUUCCUUUUUCCAUAUUGUUAGGGGUGAAACUUCAGUAACAGAGAAUAAUUUGACUUUUUUGUUGUCAUUCACUGGAAUUGCUGGUUUCUACAAAACUUGGGUACAAAUAAGACUGACAAAGUACUUCAUGUUAUAGAAGUUCCAGCACCGUUAGAAUUGUUCAUCUAUUCACAACAGUGCUUUAUCUCUCUUUGCCUAUUUCCUUAAAUAACUAACGGACCUAUAUCAGAGUAAAUAGUUCUUGAGUUGCUGUUGUGGAGACUGUACAUAAAGUGUUGAUUGAAAAUCUGGUUGAUUAAAAAAAUCUUUCUGACCUGUCCUAAUUUGGAACCUGGGACCUACAAAGUCCCCACCAACCUCGACCCCAUCACCAUUCCCGCCCUCAAGCACUCACAGAUUAAUAUUGGUAAUCCACAAUACCAGAGUUCAAGCUGCAAGUGUUCUACAUACUUCCAAAUAAAAUAUAAUUUCACCUGUACUCGGUUUUGUCACUUGUCAUGGAAAUUGUAAGAUUUUUGGUAAUGUAGUUCUGAAGCAAGCUCUAACAUUUUUGAAUAAAUGGGUAAACUGCAUCUCAGGGAGUUUCUACCUACAGGACAAAGUAGUCUAGAUAACAAUUUGACCUGAAAUUAUUAUGGUGUAAGUUUACAAAGUAAACAUGCAAAGUGGUUGUAAUAAGAAUUGUUUGUGACAGACUGCAAAAGAUUCUCUGUAAUUAUAAGUCAUAAUAUUUAUAAGUAUAAUCAUCUGCUUCUAUGAUCUGUAAAUGUAAUAAAUAUGUAAAUAGAACUGAUAUAAUUGAAAUAGUUCUGCUGUAUUAUUAAAUCUAAUACUUUAGCCAUGUACUUGAUUUAAAAUGUAUGAGUGGCUAUUACAGCUGGAGGAAAUGUUUUAGUAGAUCUGUUCAGUGUUGGAUUUGUCAGUCUUAGUAUUUAGUGAUCUUUUUUACAAUACAUUUUACUCUCAUUUAUUCUUCUGUCUUUGCAUUUUCAAUGCAUGGCUGAUACUUUCCAUAUUUUUAAAAUGUUCACUGUUAUCAUGAAAGCCUCUCCCAAAAGCCUGAAUUUGGAUUUCUUAUUUUUAACCAAGGGUGAUGUAACCUGAAUUUGUCUUGUGCCGUCUGAGUAUGUGCAUCGUGCCUGUUUGUUUUCCCAGCACACUCUAGUAACAGUCAGUUAGAUACAGGCGAGGAUAUUUGAGAUCAGCGUCUGUAGGAAAGUUCUUCAGUUAACUGCUUU